AUGAUGUUGCUUUCUGCCUUGAAAUCUAUACCAAAACCAUCCAAGCUGCGAUCCUUUUCGGUUCUUGCUGCUCCCAGAGCAAACCACUCUCGUCGUGCCAUCUUUUAUGGAAGUGAUGAAAGAAAACUGGCUUCUUCUCUCAAGGCUAAACCCGAUACAUUCAUCUAUGAUUUGGAAGACAGUGUUGCUUUGAGCUGCAAGGGUACUGCCCGUCAGAUGGUUUUUUCGAGCUUCGAUGUGGGUCACUCGGAAAAGGCUGUUCGCAUUAACUCUGUUGGUUCUGGUUUGGAAUUGGACGAUUUGAAUGUCAUUCUUCGAUCCAAGAAUUUGCAAACCAUUCUCAUCCCAAAAGUCAACUCUGUGCGUGACAUUCAUGCCAUCUCGAGCCUGAUUGAUUCAAUUGCUCCACCUUCCACUCGGGAAAAUAUUCGAAUCAUGGCAUCGAUUGAAAGUGCGCUCGGUCUGUUGAAUAUCAGAGAGAUCGCAUCUUCAGAUCCUCGUAUCGACGCAUUGGUUUUCGCGGCAGAGGAUUACAUUGCUGAUCUGAGUUUGAUACGUACUCCUUCUCGAUUGGAAAUGCUUCAUGCAAGACAAACAGUCGUUACAACUGCUUGUGCAUAUGGUAUCCAGUCUAUUGAUCUUGUCUGUGUUGAUUUUCAAAAUGAAAAUGUACUUAUUGACGAAUGCAUUGAAGGUCGUCAAUUCGGAUUUACGGGAAAACAGGCAAUUCAUCCCAAACAGAUCCAAACCAUUCACAAGUUUUUCUCUCCUUCCGCUUCAGAUAUUGAAAAGGCAACUCGCAUCGUAGAAGGAUUUGAACAAAACAAACGGGCUGGCAUUGGUGCAUUCAACAUUGAUGGAAAAAUGAUUGAUGCUCCAGUGGUAAAAUGGGCACAGCAACUUUUGGCAAAAUCCGCAGCCAUGGCCGAGAUUGAUAAAAAAGCCGACUAAAACUAUAGUAGUGUAGGAAGAGUAUCGAAUGUUGUUUUAUUUGAAUGAAAUUCCUAUAUGAAAAGU